AUUGGGGACUGAGGUGGUGGGGAGCCUUUGGGUGUGGAGCGGAGAGGAGUUGGGACUGACUGCAGCGGGGGACAGAGUGAUCAGUCACCAUGACGGACCAGCAGGCAGAAGCCCGGUCCUUCCUCAGCGAGGAAAUGAUUGCUGAGUUCAAGGCUGCCUUCGACAUGUUUGAUGCUGAUGGUGGUGGUGACAUCAGCACCAAGGAACUGGGCACAGUAAUGCGGAUGUUGGGCCAGACACCCACCAAAGAGGAGUUGGAUGCCAUCAUAGAAGAGGUGGAUGAAGAUGGCAGUGGCACCAUCGACUUUGAGGAGUUCUUGGUCAUGAUGGUGCGCCAGAUGAAAGAGGAUGCGAAAGGGAAGAGUGAAGAGGAGCUGGCCGAGUGUUUCCGUAUCUUUGACAGGAAUGCUGAUGGUUAUAUUGAUGCUGAAGAAUUAGUGGAGAUCUUCCGGGCUUCAGGAGAACACGUGACAGAUGAAGAGAUUGAGUCCUUAAUGAAAGAUGGAGACAAGAACAAUGAUGGCCGAAUUGACUUUGAUGAGUUCCUGAAGAUGAUGGAAGGUGUGCAGUAAGAAUCCAGCACUGUUCACAGCCCCUCCAUCCUUCACUUCCAAGGGUUCAGCCAGAGAUUCAACUGGCUCCUCUCUCCCUGAGACCAUCCAGGGCUCCCCAAACUAUUCCUCCUCAUCUUCCACCCUCUGCUUCCCUGUCCCUCCCUCAUGUGAUGUUCCCCUUCCACUUCUCCCCUCCUGGUCUAUUCCUGAUGUGUAAAUGUCAUUCACCAAUAAAGGAAAAAGAUUUCACUCAGA